UUUGACGCACCGAGUGCCCUCAGCUAAGAUGGCGGCGGCAACUUCGCCCCUGUGAUUCUCCUCAGCCCCGCUGCGACCUGGAAAGCGCUUCAGCUCCUUGUGGGAGGAGGAGGUUGUUUCCUAAAACCCAGGACGAAGACCUCCCUUCACUUUCUUUCUGCUCCAUUUCAGCUAAGGGAAUAAUGUUACCAGCAUGUCUGUGCAAUCCUUGCUGUGUGAGAGAAUUGCUGUUGCCAAGGAGCUGAUCAAGAGGGCAGAGGUUCUUUGCAGGUCCCAGAAAGGUGGCAUAGAAGGGGGUUCAAAACUCUGCAGCAGACUGAAAGCGGAGUUAAAGUUCUUACAUAAGGUGGAGGCUGGAAAGGUGGCCAUCAAAGAAUCUCAUCUGCAGAGUACGAACCUCACUCAUCUGCAAGCCGUCAUUGAAUCUGCGGAGAACUUGGAGGAGGUUGUUGCUGUCCUCCGUGCCUUUACUUACGAAGAUAAAUGUGGUGAAAAGCAGAGUUUGGUGGUGGACGUUGUUGCAAAUAGUGGUCACACUUGGGUGAAAGCAAUUGGCCGAAAGGCUGAAGCGCUGCACAACAUUUGGUUGGGCAGAGGCCAGUAUGGUGACAAAAGCAUCAUUAAGCAAGCCGAAGAUUUUCUACAAGCAAGUGAUCAGCAACUGGUGCAAUACAAUAACCCACAUAUUAUCUUUGCAUUCUACAAUGGCGUGUCUUGCCCAGUGGCAGAGAGACUGAAAGAGAUGGGUAUAUCUGUGCGGGGGGACAUAGUUGCUGUGAAUGCAUUGAUGGAGCAUACCAAGGAAGACCUCCACUUGAGUUCUAGUGAUUCUGAUGAUAGAGAUGAAUGCUGUCUAGUCACAAAAGUCGAUAGGGAUGCUUUAAUAGCAAGCGUAGCUUUUCCUACAGAAGUCAGAGUAGAUAUGUGCAAUAGGGUUAACUUGGAUAUUACUACUCUGAUUACCUAUGUCUCUGCCCUCAGUUACGGAGGCUGUUACUUGAUCUUUAAGGAGAAAGUCCUGUCUGAGCAGGCAGCACAGGAGAGAGAAGAGAGUGUGCUUCCACAGCUGGAAGGGUUCAUGAAGGACAAGGAGCUGUUUGCUUGUGAAUCUGCAGUUAAAGAUUUUCAGGUAAUCUUAGAGACUUUGGGAGGCACAGGAGAGAAAAGUCGAGCCAUGCGGCUCAUGGAAAAAAUCCAUGUAGUGCCAGAUCAGCCCUCUGAACGUGCCUUAAAGUUAGUGCCUAGUUCCAAAAUCAGUCAGCGUUCGCUGACCAUUUUUGGGACAGGAGAUGCUUUAAAGGCCAUUACCAUGACUGCUAACAGUGGCUUUGUUAGGGCAGCAGCAAACCAGGGAGUUAGAUUUAGUGUGUUCCUUCAUCAGCCAAGGGCCUUGACAGAAACCAAAGAACCUUCUGCCACACCUUUGCCAGAGCAUUGAUUUGGGUUCUGAUAGUACAGACUACUUAUCUGAGGGCAUUUUAAUAAUGGACCCAAUGGGCCAACCAUCACAAUUAAUACGAGGGGUAUUUUUUAAGUAAGGUCCGUUGGAACAUAAGUACACAACGAAAGUUCAUUUCAAAAAAGUAAAUUUAUUUUCAGAAAGUACAUACUUCACUCUAAUUUUUGACAUAGUUGCCAAGUUUGUUCAAACACUUAUCAUACUUCUGAACCAAUUUUAAAAUACCCUCUUCAUAAAUCCUCGCUUCAACUGAAGCCACCAACUCGUCUGUAAUCAAAGAAGGGCGACCGGAGCGGUCCUCAUCAUGGACAUUGUCACGGCCAUCUUUAAAUUGUCGUACCCACUUACGCACUUUGCUUUCACUCAUAACAGUAUCACCGUACACUUCACAAAUCUGUCAAUGAAUUUCUGCAGCAGGCAGGUUCCUUGCUGACAAAAACCGCAUCACUGAGCGAACCUCACAUGUGGCGGGUGAGUUGAUAGUCCUAAACAUUUUUAAAGCACAGAAGAGAACCAUACAGGUUAGCUACAGAGUGGAAACUGAGCACAGUUGUUCCCGAGGCAUGCCGGUACACGACGCACGCGCUCGUUGCGGUAUGCGCGCGAACUACUAGUGUCUACCACAAAACGGACCUUACUUAAAAAAUACUCGUACUUCAUGUAAAGAACUGAAGUUUAUUUAUAUUACCUGGAGCAGAAGCACUUUCAUAAACAAAAUCUCUUUACAAAUAUGCAAACACAAUCCAGCCAAUAGAAGUACACAUGGCAAGAAACAUGGGGCUAAUGCUACAUCAUUAACAUUGCUGAGUUCUGCCACCCUCCAGCAUUAAUAAUAAUAAUAAAUAUAAUACUUUAUUUAUAUACCGCUCCAUCUCCCUGAGGGGACUUAGAGCAGUUCCCAGGUAAUCUCACAAAACAUACAAAGUAAAAACAACAUAACCAUAAGAUUAACAAAACAAAAUAUAAGCAUGAAAAUUGUCGCCAUAACACACAUAUAUUAAAAGUAAUCCUGCCUGUUCGAGGCAAUUUAAAAAUUUAAACAUCAAUGUGGUGGCAUCAUUUUGUAGUGCAGAUCCUUUCUUCUGUGUCACUGCUAUUUUUAUGCUGUUGACAUGCAAAUGCAUAACAAAUGCAUAAGAAGUGCAUAGCCUUGGCUGUAUGCAUGGGACUCAGCCUGAGAUUAUUGCUUUGCUAACAGCUGUGUAUUUACAGGAAAGUUUACUUCUGCAAAGGAGUUGAGCACACAUGUCCUGUACAUGUCUCCCUUGAAAACCAACUUCUGUUUCAGAUGAAUGAUUUAACUUCCAUAGGGAAGUUAAUUCUUCUUCAAUUCAGUUGGAUUAGGACAUAAGGUCUUAUCUUUUUCAUGGCCUAUUUUGAUAUGAAUAAUACAAGGCUGUGACCACAAGUCAUUUGGCAAAAUACACCCAGAACAUGAUCCAACCACCCAAAUUCACCAGCACCAAGCCCCAUUAAUAGGUUUUAGUGCAUUCUAAAAUCAUCCACUGAAACCAAUGUCCUUUAUUUUUUUUUUCAAAAAAGUUGUUUUGGCUGGGUUGCAAUCUUUAUCUUUGUGUGGAAUCUCUUCGAUUUACAAAACAGUGGCUUCUUUGUACUUUACUGGAGAUAAUUAUGAUGUUGACAAAGUACAAAAUAGCAUUAAAAUGUUACCAUUCAAAUAGAA